AUGGCCGCUCGUACUUUUGCGCAGGUACCUCCAACAGCCGCAACAAUUGCUUUGAAUGCCUACAUCUAUGGCUACGGCGGUCAUUCACUAGUCACGCCUCACCAGGCAUUGAAACAGAAAUGGUGGACUGACGAGCGCAUCGACGCGCGAAUUACCCGCGCAUUCGUGAUAUCCAAACUCCGUGGCGAAGAGAGGGAAUUCUUGGAUCGACCGCUUGCCUUUGGAGAAGGAUUAACGGACGACACAUACAUGGAAUGGAUACUGGACCGUGCAAAACGACUCUUCCUGAUCCUGACCCAGAUAGGCGUGCCGGACCAAAUCUUUGGCUGUAUAGACGAUUCGUGGGACGAUGAUGACCUUCCGAUCCCUCUAGAGAAUGUCAAAAGUCUGGAGCUUUCAUAUGAUAAUGACGAAGUCUUGAACAAGAGAUUUUACGACAUGCAGUUUGUCUAUCUCCUACGAGAGCUCAAGGCAGGAGACCACAUCAGUUACGGCCCGAAAGAACACAUACCGAUGGAGUACGUCAACACAUUACCGCCUGCUGUCUGCUUGCAGCCUUAUGAUCGCGUACAUCUUCCGAGUCGCCCCGAAGAAGUUCUUACACGAAGGAAGUACUCUCUGACAGACAAGGAUACCGGUCAAUCUCUUCUUGAGACAUUUACACGAGAUGUAAAGAAGGCGAGAGCACUUUCACACGAGCAUGUAGCUACUGCUUGGGCCACAUACUCAACCGAGGGCUCGGCUUACAUCCUGUCGGAUUUUGUCCCAGAGCACACUCUGGGGACUUUUAUCGACCAUCGCACUCCUGUGCAGUUCAUGAAAGUCAACCCGGUGGAGCGAUCGAUCUUAGUGUGUGAGUGGUUGCACUGUCUUGCAGACACAUUGGCAUCACUCCACCAUCGUGGCGUGGCUCACACAGCGAUUCGACCAUCCAAUAUUUGGAUUGAUGUCAAGAACCGAAUAACAUUCGCCGAUGUUGGCUGCAUUGGGACCUUCCAGAGGAAUAAGAAGGUCAUCAAAACGGAACCCUACGACUACGCCGCGCCGGAAUCGCAAAUAUGCAGGACGCCCAUCGUGCUUCGGAACAAUUCACCUCCUGUCAGCAGCAUGAGCUUCUUCAACAAGAGCCGUAAGCUGAGCAUACUCUCCGACACCAGUAGCUCUACAAGCGGUUCUUCCGGUGAAAGCAGUACGCGAAGCAACAGCUUUACUAAUCUGGCGAGCAUUAGUCCAGAGACUCCACCGUCUGCCACUGCUCGGUCCAGCAGUAUUGGAGCUGACUUUGUGGCCCUUUCGCCGACUUUGGGAGGCGCUGCAUCACCACGAAGUAUCCGUAACUUCUCCCGCCGCCUGGUAGCACCAUCGCACAAAUCGAGUUCUUCGUCGUCUAAUCGUAGCAUAAGCACGCCACUUCUCCCUCGGUCCAAUCUAAUAGAUCCAGUUACGCUGCAAGACCUACCUAAUGCGACGCCUGAGAUGUCGGACAUAUUCUCUCUGGGCUGCGUCUUUCUGGAUAUCAUAACAUUCGUAAUCCGGGGCAAGAUUACUGAUUUCGUCAAAUUUCGUAGCACGCGCGUUGCUGUGCCUUCUUCUAGGUCCAGCUCCAAGACAACCUAUCGAACCGACACAUCCUUUCACUCUACACCAGAUAGGAUACACGCUUGGAUCGAUGUCCUCGAAGAAGACAGCCUUGGCCGCACCGAAACAGUCUUUCGAGGCAUACCAGACAUACUCCGCUUGAUUCGCUCGAUGAUGGCACAGAACGCCACAAUCCGCCCUACGGCGCUCGAAGUUCGAGAACGACUGCAUGAGAUUCUGGUGGGGGAGUGCUGCGUGGAGGCUUUGUGUUGCGCUGGCCGAGAAUGGGAGCUUCCCACACACUCCUCUGAUGCAAACGAUCAAGACAGCUCGAUGCGUGGCUCGCUCUUCCGUAGAGAGCGGGAUGAGUUGAGCAUUGCGACUGGGAUGUUGGGACCGACCUCGCAGGUAAGGAAGAAAGGGGUUAGCUUUCUCCGCAGUAGGGGCUCGCUUGGAGAUGGAACGGGUCAUGAGAUGGAUAUGAGUGUUCUGGGGCAGGUGGAGGUGAAUGACGACGGUGAAAGACAGCAAAGGAGAAGGAGUUCGGCGAGUAUGGCGACGGCUAAGAUGGCUUCGUGGCGGGCUCGCCUCUUCUCGAAUGAAUGA